AUGCUUGGAAGAGGAAAACACAGGAAUGUCAUGAUAGUCGGCCCGACAAACUGUGGCAAAACAUUUCUGUUUAAACCCCUCACGCUACUAUUCGACAACUUUCCUAAACCUGCCGCAGACAAAUAUGCUUGGGUAGGUGCAGACAAAGCAGAGAUAAUUUGGCUAAAUGAUUUUCGCUGGACAAGGGAGCUGAUUGACUGGAAGAGCUUGCUUCUGUUGCUGGAAGGAGAUCGUGUGAAUCUGCCAGUCCCAAAGAAUCAUUUUGCCAUGGAUGUCUGUGUCCAUACCGAUAUCCCAAUAUUUGCAACAUCCAAAGACAUCAUCAAAUAUCGAGGCUCGUACAACGCCGAAGACAAAAGUGAGGAUGAUAUGAUGGCGUCAAGAUGGAAAGUCUUUCGAUUCACACACAGCAUCCCAGAGAGAGAACAAAGGCAAAUAACACCGUGUCCACAUUGCUUUGCCAACUUGUACUUUUGGGAGAAAUAA